GAGGCUCUGUUUCAUCUGUGCCAAGCUCAAGCACAAGCGUAGGAUUAUUUGCUGAGGUGGGUUCCUGGUACCUGAAACGCACCUUCCUAAGGCACAACACACAGUCACUUUCCACCACCCUGGGUCACCCCCAGGAAACAGACCAGACUCAUGACCCCAAGCCAACUUUCCUUUCCUAAGCAGCUUACGGACUCUGCCUACUUCCCUCAAAAGUUUGUGCUUCGGUAGGCACGUCCUACAGUCUGUCAAACUCCCCUGUUCAGCGUAUCCCUUCACUGAGUUUAGGCUUUCCAAAAAAUCAAAAAUCAAAAAAGCCAGAGAAGGAGUGGGGUAGCCUGUCUAAAUGUCUCCUUCUUCCUCAAUCAUAAACACCCCUUCUGAGACAAGGAAACUCAGAAGCCCACCUACCUGCUCAGAACAGGGGUGGGGAAAAUUCCACAAGAACAAAAAACACAUUAAUAUCUCAAUAAAUUAUCCUACCACAUGGGUCAUUGCUCGUGCCGAGGAGGAAAAUAAGCCAAGAUCUGCAAUCACUCUCUCAGUUUGUAAAUCAGAUGGAAAAAAAGAAUGCCAUGCAAGUUAGCCCUAGCUCACAGGCCAAGGACUUGAAAGAAUUUCAUCUGUGGCUGAGCCACAAGGAAACCGGCCUGCAAACCAUGAAAAUAUGUGCCCCCAGCCUAAACCCCGAUUGCAACCCCUUGCAGUUAGAUCUUCCCACAUUCAGACCUUUUUAUCCUUCAAAUGCUCGCACCUGUGUGAUAGGAAAUAAGGCAGAGCUCAAACGUUUUUGAAAAUAAGUAUGUUCUGAUCGACCUUUGAUUAUCAGAGGACCCCGGGUGUGGAUUUUUAAGGUUCCUCCUUUUUCUGGGUCCCCUCCAAAGACUGCAUUUAGACCACAUUUCUGUCUUCUGCAGUCAGGAAAACAGUCCAAGAAAGAGAAGACCCACGACCACCCAACGUCAGUAUCAUUUGCUAACAGCGUGUGUGUGUGUGUGUGUGUGUGUGUGUGAGAGAGAGAGACGUGUAUGAAUGCAUAGUAUGUGCGUGUAUGUGAGGCAUCUGUCUGUUUAUCUGGGGACGGCACAAUCGGAGGAUGAAAAGAACCAAAAUUAUGACAUUUCAAUGGAUCCGUACUGCAUCUCUUGCAGGUAACAGGUGUGUUAGCAUUUUAGACACGUGCUUGUGAGGCUGGGAGAAGUCUGACAGCUCAGUGAAUGCUGACUCACAUUUGGGGUUUUCUUUUUUUUAAACCAUUAAGUAACAUUUUUAACUUUUGCUGCGCAGAAGAUAUAGGAGGAGUGUGGGAGGCCCCGAGGAAGACUUGUGCGCUGUCUAUGGAAAAUACUAAAUUGCACAGAGUCCAGAACCCAUCCCAGCAAUUUUCAGGUCAUCAUCAGAGGAUUAAGUGCUUUAUUUGCUCGUGAUUCUGUGGUUCCAGCCCAGGGUCGCUCCACAUCAUCACUACUGACGUUUGGGGACGAUUUUCUGUUGUGCUCAGCUCUCCUAUGUACCGUAAGGUGUUUUAGCAGCGUCCCUGAACGCUCCCCUCCCCCCGCCAACUCGAUUGCAAAAAGGUCUCUAAGUAUGGCCACCUCUGAGGGGUGAAAUGGCCUCUCAUUGAGAAGAUCUGGUCUUCGCCAGAGGCAACAGUCCUAUGGAAAAAAUGGGCGACAGCUAUGGGGCCCCUGCUCUAUGAAUCAUCACAUCAUGUUUGGGUGGAGGGGUUCCUUGGUCCAGUAUUAAUCUUUAAUGUUUCCCAAAUGUGUCAUGUGCGCCAUGGAGUCCAGGGGGUGCCGACAUGUGCUGUGAACAGGAAGGGAUCUUGGGACAGGAGGGCUGGCUGCAGGACUUCCCAGAGCCUUUACUGUCUUCCCACCACUGUGACUCGCCCGGAGAGGUUUCAGCGUGCCGCUCUUUCCAAAUUUCUUUGUGUGCAACCAGUGAUGUUUGUGAGUCGUCCUGGUGCUUAGCUCUACACCCAGGCCUAGAAUCUGGGAAACGUAGCCCAGAUGGAAGGUAUCUGCAGGUUCCCUGACUUGAGUCUGGGGAUCCCAGAGACCAGGGAUUGCUCUUGCCUUCCUCUCUAGAGUGUCCAGUCUACUCACAUCUUCGGCGAUCGGUCUUCAGGUUGUUAUGAAGAUAGAGAAGUGGGUUUCCCACUGAGGUCACUGUCUCAGCUCCUGGAAUGUCCCUCCUCAUUGCCACGGAUGUCUAGCCAUCCAAAAUCAACAAGGUCUGCCCAAAAUGGAUAAGUCUAGCCACUUUGAUAAGAUCUGUAUUUUUUUUCACACUUUAGAGCAUGAGGACCAAGGGUUUCUUAUUUUAUCUCAGAUUCCCACAUCAGUUAGGCAAGUCCUUUCAUGCCUAAGUUCCCAACUGCACGUAGCUAACGUCUUCUGUGGUACCUGCCACCAGGUGUGAAGGAUGUGUGCAGUGAUGCCCUCCCUACCUGGAUGGGCCUCCUGGAUGCAUCUGUGGGCCUAUGCAUCCCUCUCCCCGGGAAGGAGCCUGCGGAGUGAUCAGCGAGCCUCGCUCAGAGCCCCGCUACGAGGAGCCAGAGGGUGGUAAAUGGCCCGGGAGGCGACAGGCAUCCAGAGUGGUGACGAGGAGAUGCCCUCAGAAGGCAGUCGACGACACAAGAUAUACAAAGAGCAGCUCAACCUCACCUCCCUGGACACUCCACUGCAGCUCCGACUCGAGGCCAGCUGGGUCCAGUUCCACCUGGGGAUCAGCCGCCAUGGGCUGUACUCCCGGUCCAGUCCUGUCGUCAGCCAACUCCUCCAGGACAUGAGGCGCUUUCCCACCAUCAGUGCUGAUUACAGUCAGGACGAGAAGGCCUUGCUUGGGGCAUGUGACUGCACCCAGAUUGUGAAACCCAGCGGGGUCCACCUCAAGCUGGUUCUGAGGUUCUCAGACUUCGGGAAGGCCAUGUUCAAACCCAUGAGACAGCAGCGAGAUGAAGAGACACCCGCGGACUUCUUCUACUUCAUCGACUUUCAGAGACACAAUGCCGAGAUCGCAGCUUUCCACCUGGACAGGAUUCUGGACUUCCGACGGGUGCCACCCACAGUGGGGAGGCUAGUCAAUGUCACCAAGGAAAUCCUAGAGGUCACCAAGAAUGAAAUCCUGCAGAGUGUUUUCUUCGUCUCUCCAGCCAGCAACGUGUGUUUCUUUGCCAAGUGCCCAUACAUGUGCAAGACCGAAUACGCCGUGUGUGGCAACCCGCACCUGCUGGAAGGUUCCCUCUCCGCGUUCCUGCCUUCUCUCAACCUGGCCCCCAGGCUGUCGGUGCCGAACCCCUGGAUCCGCUCCUACUCGCUGGCAGGAAAAGAGGACCCCAGGAUUUCUUCUCCCCUCAGGUGGGAGGUCAAUCCGCUUUACUGCGACACCGUGAAGCAGAUCUACCCAUACAACAGUAGCAGCCGUCUCCUCAACAUCAUCGACAUGGCCAUCUUCGACUUCCUGAUAGGAAAUAUGGACCGGCAUCAUUAUGAGAUGUUCACCAAAUUUGGGGACGAUGGGUUCCUCAUUCACCUUGACAAUGCCAGAGGGUUUGGACGACACUCCCAGGACGAACUCUCCAUCCUGUCGCCGCUGUCCCAGUGUUGCAGAAUAAAAAAGAAAACGCUUUUGCACCUGCAGCUGCUGGCCCAGGCCGACUACAGACUCAGUGACGUGAUGCGGGAGUCUUUGCUAGAAGACCAGCUCAGCCCCAUCCUCACCGAGCCCCACCUCCUGGCCCUGGACCGGAGACUCCAAAUCAUCCUACAGACAGUGGAGGGGUGCGUGGAGGCCCACGGAGAGCAGAGUGUCAUAGCCACCGACCCAGCAGAACAGUCCGCCCCAGACUCUAGCCAGGCUAACUUGACAAGCUAAGGGCUGGAUGAAGCCAGAUUUCAGGAACUACCCCUGGAGCCAGAGGUGGACUUGGGAGCGGACCACUGCUUCCUCGCAUCCCCGUCAAGGCUGGAGGGGCUGGGUCAUGAGCUCUGAAAGAGGUAGGGCACUGGGAUGAUUCCACAAGAGCAAGAGAGGAGGGAUCCACUGAACUUUCUUCCUUGGUGCACGGCUUCUCCAGUGGACCUCCUUGGCCCCGCCCUUCCCAGAAAGCACUGCUUCAGCAAGGCCACAGACCAUCUCCUGAGCCCACUGGGAAAUCUGGAUUAGGCGUCGGGCUUGGAAGGUUUGGGAGCCUUGUCCCAGGAAAGAGUAGAACAAAUAAAAUUAAAGGACACCAAUGGACACCUAGCUGACCUCCAGAUCCUUAUUAUAUCUACAAGGAUCACUUCUGAUCCAGAUAAAACAUCUGGCAUCUCGGGAGCAGACCAAAAAAAAAGAAGAAAAAAGUCUAAACAUGGUAGCCCCCAAACUGGUUCAAAGUAGACUUCACACUUUCUAUUUCUGUCCCAGUCACUGUGGCUCAACUGAAUACAGCAAUCCCUUAUUGACCAUUCCAAAAGUAAUUUCUUGGAAACGUUAUGACAAAGGGUAAAAAUAACAGAGGAAUUUGCUCAGAAUAUCUGAAAAGGGAUGUUUUCAAUCUGAAGAGUAUUUAAAUACCGACCAAAAUAACAUCAAGUAUGUCAGAUUUAGCCCCCAGCAACAAGAGAAGGAAUUGUACGGCAGGGAAAACCAGUGUAGUCUUGAAGGUGGAACAGCAGGGGAAUGGGCCUAGCAGGUGCGUGAACCUGGACUUGGGCAGGAGAAAAGCCAGGGCCUCCCACUGCCCACCCACCACAAUCCUCUUUCCCAUAAGGGCCCAGGACUGUCGCCCACCCGCCCCCAAAAGCAGGAGGCUCUCUGAAGAGGCCUGACACUCUAGAUGCCCCUCCCCUCACUGCUUUAUCAAAAAAGGACUCAAAUCAAGUUGACUUUUAAGAUUUAUUUGAGAGUGAGCAAGAGAGAGAGAGAGCACACGAGCAGGGGCGGGGAGGGGCAGAGGGAAAGAGAGAAGCAGGCUCCCCGCUGAGCAGGGAGCCAGAUGUGGGGCUCCAUCCCAGGACCCUGGGGUCACGACCUGAGCCGAAGGCAGCCGCUUAACCCACUGAGCCACCCAGGGGUCCCCUCAAGUUGAUGAAGCCUCCCUUAAAAAUGGAUGCAUCAGGGAUCCCAUCCCCUCAGCCUUCUCUCUACUGACUGCCAACAUCCGAGACACCUUUCAUGGGAGGCUUUGUUUCUUAUUCUGUAAUUCGUGUCUGAAAACCCAAAUCAUAGGCAUGUAUUCAUACUAUGGAGUGAUGAGCCAGUCAACAAGUACAAAUGACCAAUCUCAGCACAUCCACUUCCCCGAUAGGGGCCAGAGGCUCACAUUCUAGAAGCGGGGGGGGGGGGGGGGGGGGGAGGGUUCAAAAGAAGUUGUCGGCUGCCAGGUCAGACAGCAGAGAGGUCGUCCAAGCCCUGACAAGUGACAUGGGUCUUUCUGACCCACCUGGUACCCCACAUCCCUGGCGCAUUAUGUACCCCUGAGCCUCAGUCUCCGGGACAAUAACAUCAGGGCCACUCACGAAGCUCUUCCCAGGUGACAGUCAGCAGACAGGUUUCCCAGCCUCCCGAACACACACAGAGAAUCCCUUACCUCCAAGGUACACAGAAAAAAAUGGUCUCACAAAAUCACACAACUUAAAUGAUUUAAACCUACUCCCAAGUGUUCUCUCCACUGUCAUACAAAAACCCAACAGUACUUCAAUCAGUCUGUGAAGUUAAGUUGGUUUAGAAAAACUCGACCCUUUAGUAGAACCGAAUUCCCCCAGAGACUUCAUCACCCGCAGGCUCUACCGCUGCUCAGGGCUUCCCACCUCAUGAACGGUCUCCUACUUCGAGACACUACUGUCUUUGGUAAUUGCACACAGAAGAGUGGCAGAAAAAUACUCAGGCAAAGAUGUUCAAGGAACAGCACAGAAUGGUCUGGGUGUCAAAGCCCCGAGCCUGAGGAAGGUAAGCCACAGCUCCGUCUCAAACCGGCCACUUCUAGGACAAUGCGCUGGUUUUCAAAUGGACUAAACGCUGUGGUGUAUUUUACCAAGAGUAAUAGAACGGAGUCUGACCACAAUACGUAAAGUACCAAGUUACCUAAUUUUUUACUUAAAACACCCCAUUAUUUUUUCACUAAUGCAAAGACUAAAACUCUAUCAUUUGUCAAAAAUACCAGAGAACAAAAGACUCCUUUAACCGUCAGGUUCUUCCAACAUGUCCAUUUUGGACCACCGUUCAUCUUCCCAUCACAUAAAAAUUCUCUUUAUAAAAAUGUUUCACGUUACUACUGACAAUGGAAUGAAAAAUGAAAAAAAGGAAAGGGAACUGUCAGUACAAAAACUGGUAGGGAAAGGGGUUUGAAGAAUUCGGUUUUGCCUGCCCAAAAGCCAGGAGGACAAUCUGAGUCUGAAGACUGUAAAAGGUGCAGCUGGUUCUCUCUCUCACUCGUGGUAGUUUUAUAAAGUCACCACGGACACCAAAUCAGUGGAGACGGAACCAUUUGCGCCCGGAGGAAAUACAGGGUUGAGGUUCCCGGGAGCCUCUAGUUGCAACAUUUUUGUAAAUAAAUCAGUACGUAAUCUUGUCUUACGUGUUGUGGUGUAGACACCAGAGUAGGCAUUGUUAAGAACACUGAACUCAUGUGGCCAACAUAACUCAUGCGCCUUAAAGAAGCUACUUAAUACACUUAUUUUCUCUACAAGACACACAUCACAGCCUCCCCGACCUUAGGAACACUCACCAGCACUUUAGCACUACACUUGGGGGCCAUUUUAAGUACUGAAAUCACCCAGAGAAAGCACAAAAAUGCCGGAGCAGCACCGGAGAGACCGCGAGGCGGACACGGACACGGGAGGGCAGCCGGACAGCCGGGACCACAAGGCAGAGCGGCGCUUCGUUCAAGCCCCGCGGGGCACGCGCACCUCGGGACAAUCGAAGCCUUUGCCACUCUGCUCACGUCCGGGAAGGACAGGGAAAGUGCUCCGAGUACUGACUUGGGGGUUACUCAUAAAUUUUAGCAGGUAGGCAAAUUCACAAAAUUCGCAAAUACAACACCACGAAUAACGAGGACCGACUGUUAACGCCUUGGACAUUCACCAAGAUGAUAAAACAAAAGCUCUCCAUCUAGUGGUGACUUUGAGAAUCACAAAGCUACUUAAGUUAAAUUGGCAGAACUUUGCACACAACGAAAAAAUUACGGCUCAUUGGUUUGAGUUCUAGGUCGACUCAGGAUGAAGUCACAGCUCUGAAGUUAAUGUUAACAAAUUUUAACAUUAAAUGUAUACAACAAUACUGAUUUCUAAGUGAAAGCGCCACAGGGCUAAAGGGAGAGGUUUAAGACUCGCCCUUUUAGAAUCUCCUAUCUGCAGCCUUUCCUGGCAGCAGUAUGAUGGCUACUUUGGGGGACACAUUAACUGGUGAUCUGGCCACUGCCUCUCGAUGUUGUUCUAGCCCAUCUAGAAACACGCUGCCGGGGCCGAACAAAAAUACAAAAAGGUUCAGUUAUUAAUUUGUGAUUGUGCAGAUAAAGCAGUAUUAAGAAAAUGAACAUCAUGCUACUUCAAUUUUAAAAUGUCAAUAUUUAAAAAUAAAUAAAUAAUAAAAUGUCAAUAUUUAAGUCAUUAAAAAACAAAAGACAAUUCCACAUGAGCCAGAGUUCUAGAAGGAGAACGAAACUAGAACCAGUACAGUCAGUCCAAGGAAGUUCUCCUAUGUUACAUUCUGCGGUGACUCUGAACGUUCCCCUUCAGCGGGCUGAGGGAAGGGGCUACUGAAUCCGGACAAAGUGCAUCGGUUACAAAGCAGCACAAAUUAAAGAAUGUUCCAGAAUACGACACAUCUCCAACUUCACUGGAUAUGAAGGAAUUAAUACCAAUAAACUAAUGAGUACAACUUAAUCAUCUCCGAAAUCUGAGGAAUAUCAGAAAUAAGACUUUAUGAAUGUAAAAUACACAGAAGUAAGCACACCUAAAUACCCAAAGGCAUGUAUUAAAUUUAAACCAGAGUAUGCUGAUCCAGAAAUGACAUUUCCCAUGAAGUCUGGGAAAGUUCUAAGACCAGAGAUCCAGUCCGUCUUGAAUAAAAAGGAACUCUUCUGGCUUUUGAUUGAAUCUUUUCCUUCCACUACUCAGUAAACAGAUCUGCUUCAACUCAAUCAUGCUUCAAGUAAGGAUUUGAGAUUCAUUCUUUGGAAUGGAUUGGAAAACACUGAAAACAAACAUUAUUCUUUCAAAACACUAAUCCCAUUAAUUCACUCUCGAUUUUCAUUCUUGCCCACCAGAUUAAAAGCUUCUGGGGGAGAGGGGGAAGAAGACAAGGAAAGGAGAAGGGGAAGAAAAACUGAUUCAUUUAAGGAUUUAAAUUAUUUAAUCUUUUUUUUAUUACUUGACCUACUGUUAAGACAAUCUAUAACAAAAAGAAUAGAGUAUAUUAGCACACACAGUAUAAUUAGACUAGUAACCAGGAAACGAUACAAAAUGGUCCUUUGGCCAUCUAUACUUUCUAGAGCAGUAGAUCUCUUAAAUUCACUUACCACGCCCAGAAAUAAUGACUUCCAAAGCCCUGAAUAUCAACUAAGACAAAUUAUGCCAAUUAGGAUUUCUCACAUAUACUCAGAUUGCACAAAGAAAAAGCUUUAAAUGUGAUAAUUUUUAAAUUGAGACUUAAAAUUCCUUAGAUUAAAAACUACAAAAGGGAGUAAACAGCAAGCCAAAUGACUUAAGAGCAAAACUCAUUUAGAAAGCGUUAUAUGUAUCUAAAUAUACAUGAACGUGAUUAUAUACAUAUAUGAAAACUGUGCAAAUUUGUGGCAUUCUAAAUAAUUCAUUUAAGUACAGUUUUGGCAUUUAAACAAAGAUCAAAUCAAGCUUUAAGCUAAUAAGAACAUAACUUUUAUUUUUAAUUUUUUAAAUAGAAAAAGGUAGCUAAACACAAAAUACAGAUCAGAAAACCCUCAUUUAAUAUAGAUUAUUUUGAAAAAUAAAAAAAAAAUUUGUAAUAAGGUGGCUAUCUCACACUAAAAUGUAAAUAAAACCUCUUUCCCAGAUCUAAACUCCAAACUUAGUAACAACCUAAAAACUGUUCAAAUCUAUGACACAAAUCUAACAAAUCUACCGUGACCAAUUUAAAUUACCUGGGAAAGGGUAGGAGAGGGGAUUAAUAAUCAGAGCCAGUUGCACACAGAUGGAAAAAUGCUUGCAGUCACUCCCAAAUAGAACCCUACAUUAUAUAUAAAUCACAAUGAAAAUAAAAGUGCCUAACGUUACAGAACUGUGAAAUUUCGUUUAAAAAAAAAAAAAAAAUCAACCAUAAUACAAAUAAACUGUUGGGUAUCAUUGGUGCACAUGGAAUAAUGUAACAUAGAAGGAUAAGGCUGGAAAAUACUGAAAAACAAUUAAGACUCAAAACACAAGUUUACUUUAAAAAAAAACAAAAAAGUUUGCCAGAGAAAAUAAAUGCUCAACAGAAAAGCAGACCUUUUCAGCAGGACAGCCUUUGAGGCCACUGAAACAGCACAGACAAGCCCGACCCCGCCCCCACCCCACCCCCAAUUCUAGCUGACGUAAAAAGAAGGGAAAAAGGUGAAACCAAAGUAAACACUUCUUCCCAAAUCUCAUGUCCCAAGGAAGUCAGUGGGACAGAGUCCCCAACACUGAGCUUUGUCCCCCUGGUAUCUCUCCUUCACCAACAUCGCCUCCACUCUUCUACUGGGGACGUCUGUUCCAUCUAUCCUGUCUAGUCCCAGCAAACCCAACCUCCUGCAGGCAGCGUUGCAGCACAGGAGAGAAUCCUGGAGCCAAGUGAAGGACGUCGUACAUUUAGCCAAAAGCUCUAAGUGAACUACCAAGAGUGUAGACCUCAAAUUCUAAUUCCCAAUUCAGCAUCUGGUGAUCAAUAUUUGGCACUAGCUGGAUAAAUAAAGGUCUAAUCAGAACUUCUGAGCUGAGGCAGAUGUAGUUAAAUCAUAACUCAGUAUUUGCAGUCUAUGGUUUGGUUUCAAACUCCAAAGGCGGGUACAGGUAGCCACACCCACACGUUUCAGAAUUGGAGGAAACACUACUAAACAAGAUACAAACAAAACCAGGCGGAUGAGCUUGACAAAAAUUCUGGUUAAGAGGGAAGAAAAAAAAAAAAACAACUCAACAGAUCAUUAUCCAUCCAAGAACUAGCAAAAAUGGGCAUUUUUCCACCCUUAAACUAGUUUAAACACAGGCAGAUGUCUUUCUACUAUACUAAGAUUUUUCUAGAUCUGUUUUUCCUAAUCCUCAGAGCUUAAUGAGAAAUCAUUUAUUCUAUAAAGAAACACAGCAUAUACGGCCACAGUCUAAAAUAUGCUUAUGGUAACUGGAAAAUUAUGUCACUUAGAAAAACAAAUCUUGCACUGUUACACCGUUGCUCUACGGAAAUUCACGUGGCGCAGGGCUGCGCCCUCACCAGGAAGCAGGGCACGCACUGCCUAGAUUGAACACUAACACUGCACAGAGAGAAGCAGUAACAGCAAAGUCUCCACAGAACUCUUUCUAUUUAUUUAACUGUGUAUGAGCAUUCGGUCAAUGCUCCAAAUUAAAAACGGUGCAAUGAAAGCAACUUUUAAUAUAAACAGACGAGAAGCUGCGAUACCAGCGGCCACGUGGCGCUGCGAACAGGAAGAGAAAGCAGUCUGCAGGGGUGAAGCCCGGACGGGGGGGAGGAGAAAAGGGAGGCACAGGAGGCAGAUCUCAGACGGACAGCGACACAAAACUGUUGUACUGCUGGAUGUUCCGUUUGAGGAUAUCUGAGCACGGGCCGAGAACGCGUUCGAAUCUGGGCCGGUCCAGCUUCACGCACUUCAGAGGGCCACGAGCCACCACCGUGGCGGCGCGAGGGCGGUUCAUCAGGAGUGCGAUUUCACC